GGCUCCCACAAUCAAUCCUAGUCCCCAUCAUCUCCACCCCUUAAACAUUAAAUAACCUGACCUUAUAAACCCCACUACUCUGCUUUUCAUCAUCAUUCAUCGCAUUGAUUCCCUCAAUCCUCUCCCAAAGGGAACAAAGGACAGCACUCUGUUUUUUCUGCUUUCUGAUUCCAGAGAAAAUGGAACUCUACAACCGGAGACUGCUUCUACUGAACGAAGAUGAGCCUUCCUUCUCCGACGCCUCUUCACCACCUCGGUUAACGGCCGCACCCCUGUCGUCUUCACUGUUCGUAACACCUCUGAAACUAUCAGCGCCUGUACCCUUCAAUUCUGACGUUGCUUACAUCGUCAUCAUCGUCCUGCUCUUAGUAGCUUUCAUCUUUCUGUUCAUCCGAAGGUUCGCCGACCACUCCCCCGCAUCCGCCCAGCACUCGCCACCGGCGUCUUCUUAUUACCAUUCUCCGUCAUCCUCGUGCGGUGGUCUCGACCGUGCCACCGUCCAAUCCCUGCCGGUGUUUCGGUACAACGCAGAAGGAAAGCACCAGGAGGACUGCACCAUUUGCCUUAGCGAAUUCGAGACCGGUGAGACCGUUAAGGUGAUCCCGAACUGUAAGCACGUGUUCCACCGGGAGUGCGUCGACACGUGGCUAUCCUCGCACGUGACGUGCCCGAUUUGCCGGGGCAGCAAAUUUAUUGCGGUGGAACGGCAGGCAGAGUCGGCUAAGGUGGAGCCGACUAGCGAUCAGAUUGUCAGACGCGAGCCGGUAGCGUCAACGGUCGAGAAUGGUGUAACGUGGCGAGAAGGUACAGCGAGGGGAACGUGUAACCAGAGACGAAGCCGUAGUUGCUCAAGCUUUAGAGACGCCGCAGUUUUGCGAAGAACAUUAAGCUACUAGCAAUAUUAUUAUUGUUGUUCA